GUUGAGCAAACCGGAAACGAGUAUUAUGCUAGCUUGUUUACCAUUUUAGGAUUAGUUGAGAGUUGAGACUUCUGAUUGUUUCACCGAGUCAGUUCUUAGGGGUUGCAGUACGGCCACUCUCUCCUGCUUCACCGAGGACUCUCAUCACAAGUUUCCUUCAUGAGAGACUGCAGCUGGAAGGAGGAUGAGAGACAAAAAUUGAAAUGUUGUGACGACAUGAUGAAAAUGUGAUUUAGAGUAGUGUUGGCUUUUAAGUUCUUUUCAUAUGAUAACGUGACAGCAUGACAUGAACAGACUGUCGUCAGUUUCUUUCGACCAAGAUGAACAGAUUAGAUACUCCCGUAGAGCGUCCGUCCUCCCCGGCACGGCUGGGCUAUACCUCAGACAAACACCCACGGCACACGCUCGACACGGUCAAUGUGCUACGCAAGCACAGAGAGCUUUGUGAUGUGGUGCUCAUUGUUGGCUCAAAGAAAAUCUUUGCUCACCGUGUGGUUCUCUCUGCUUGCAGCCCGUAUUUCCAUGCUAUGUUCACAGGAGAGUUGGCCGAGAGCAGACAAACAGAGGUCACUAUAAAGGACAUAGAUGAGACGGCCAUGGAGCUUCUUAUAGACUUCUGUUACACAUCCAGCAUCACAGUGGAGGAAAGUAACGUGCAGACUUUGUUGCCGGCCGCAUGUCUACUACAGUUGGUGGAAAUUCAAGAUGUCUGUUGCGAAUUUCUGAAGAGACAGCUGGACCCAUCCAAUUGUCUGGGCAUUCGAGCAUUUGCAGACACACACGCGUGUAGGGACCUUCUACGCAUUGCUGACAAGUUCACACAUCAUAAUUUCCAAGAGGUGAUGGAGAGUGAAGAGUUCAUGCUGUUGCCGGUGAACCAGCUGGUGGACAUCAUCUGUAGUGAGGAGCUGAACGUACGCACGGAGGAGCAGGUCUACAGCGCAAUCAUGUCCUGGGUGAAGUACACCGUGCAGGAGAGGAGGCAGCAUCUUCCCACGGUGUUACAACAUGUGCGUCUGCCCCUGAUGACCCCCAAGUUCCUGGUGGGAACCGUGGGUGCCGACCUACUAAUCAAGAGCGACGAGGCGUGUCGCGACCUGGUGGACGAGGCCAAGAAUUAUCUCCUCCUGCCCCAGGAGCGGCCACUCAUGCAGGGACCUCGCACGCGACCCAGGAAGCCAAUCAAAUGUGGGGAGGUUUUAUUCGCAGUGGGUGGCUGGUGUAGCGGUGAUGCCAUCUCUAGUGUGGAAAAGUACGACCCCGGGAGCAAUGAGUGGAGGCUGGUCGCGCCCAUGAGCAAACGCCGCUGUGGGGUGGGCGUGGCUGUACUCAAUGACCUUUUGUAUGCCGUGGGUGGUCAUGAUGGGCAGUCAUACCUGAACAGUAUUGAAAGGUAUGACCCACACACCAAUCAGUGGAGCUCCGACGUGGCACCGACAAGUUCCUGUCGUACAAGUGUGGGUGUCGCCGUGCUGGGGGACUUCCUGUAUGCUGUAGGGGGUCAGGAUGGAGUGUCUUGUCUCAACUAUGUGGAAAGGUACGACCCACAGACAAACAAGUGGCAGAAGGUUGCCUCCAUGAGCACCCGCAGGCUGGGGGUGGGUGUUGCCGUGUUGCAGGGCUUCCUGUACGCUGUGGGUGGCAGUGACGGGACCUGUCCGCUCAACACAGUGGAACGUUUCGACCCGCGCAGCAAUCGCUGGACGCCAGUGGCCCCGAUGGGCACCAGGAGGAAGCACCUGGGCGUGGCCGUGUAUCAGAACAUGAUCUACGCCGUGGGGGGCCGCGACGACACCACAGAACUCAGCAGUGCUGAGAGAUACAACCCACAGAAAAACGCCUGGGAGCCGGUGGUCGCAAUGACCUCCAGGAGGAGUGGGGUUGGUCUAGCAGUGGUCAAUGGUCAACUGAUGGCCAUCGGUGGUUUUGACGGGACUACCUACCUAAAGACUGUGGAGAUCUAUGACUCGGAGCAGAACUGUUGGCGGAUUGUGGGAAGCAUGAACUAUCGCAGGCUAGGGGGCGGGGUUGGGGUGGUCAAGUUGCCACAGAAUGACAGCCAUCUUUGGUGAUAUUAUGUUCAAGUCUUGCCUCGUAUUUUGCUCAUGAGGUAUAGUGAAAGCCAUCCUUGAUGAUGUGACUCAAGUUUUGUGAUGUUAUGCCAGUUGGGAAGAGUGAUGGACAUCUUUGGUGAUAUGACAUUCGAGUUUUGCCCGUGUGAGACAGAGAGUAUCAGUUGUGCUGAUGUGACCAUGCGAUGUUCUGCAGCUACAUUUAUCAGAGGAUUUCCUUUGAAAUGGGGUGAAAAGAGUUUGGUUUUUGUUGGUGCAGGACUUUUGUUAUGAAAUGGUAUUAGUGGGUGCUUUUAGGUUGUUUUUAAAAAAAAUGACACAUGUGUUUGAAUGUUUGGGAAGGCUGAAACUUGAGAGAGAGAUGAGACUGGUUCUGAUACUGAUAGAAGCAUUUAUUUAUGUCUGUUUGAUUAUAACCUGACCAAGUGCAUUUUAUUUUUUUGCAACGGCUUGUGAUGUUGUAGAUUCUCGUUAAUGUUUAUGAACAUGAAAUGAUGCGAGUUUCAGAACGGUGGCGCUAUAGGUUUUCUCUGUCACUGCAGAAUCUCUGUCUGUGAGAAUGUGCCAGUGUCUUUGUACUACUAUAGACAUGCUCUCUCUAUCAUUCUGUCAACAGAUAUUCUCUUUGUGAGAAUGUGUCAAUGUCUUUAUACUGCUUGUCAUUCUCUGUCACGACAGACAACUCUCUUUGUCACAACAAACAACUCUGUCACAACAAACAACUCUCUCUGUCACAACAAACAACUCUCUCUGUGAGAAUAUGCCUGUGUCUUUAUUCUGCUAGUCAUUCUCUCUGUGUCGUUCUGUCACAACUGACAACUCUCUUUGUCUGUGAAAAUGUGUCAGUGUCUUUAUGCUACAACAUACAUUCUCUCUCUAUCUCAACAGUCUCUCCCCUUGUCUUAGUGAAUGUGCCAAGUACCGGUAUCACCACAGAUGCUCUCAUGACUCUCAGUGUCCGUAAUUAGAUCUGAUUACCUUUUGUUGUUAUUUUCAUCUUGAGAUAUGCAGUAUAACACGAAUAGCUUGAAUUCUUUGAGACCGGCUUCGGUAGUUCGAGGGAUCCGUAGUUCAAGGGAGAUCUUACAAAGAUAAAGAAAAGAAAAUGGGACCGCAGGCACAGUUGGACGGAUGCGUGAUUUCGAUUCUUCUGUGUCGACCUAUCCGUGUUAUACUGUAUAUCCUUUCAGGCAGGCUAUUAUUAGUGCUAAUCGUUUGUUGGUUCUACUCAUUUAUUUGUAGGUUCCUUCUUUUAAAAAAGCAUGUGCACUGCGUUCCACGUUGGCUUUGUCUCAGACGCUUCAAACACACAGAUGUCUGGGUGGAAAUCCUAUGAGCCAACUGGUAUCCAGGCACUGUUUUGUCAAGUAGACCUACAUGGUUUCGUUCUGUUCUGUAGAUAUUUGGUAUUUCUGUGCAGUCAAUCGGAGUGAGUUCAUCUUGCUUCUUCCCUUUUUCGUGGUUCUGAUUGUAUGAGAAGAGCUAUAGACAAAUGUCUGUGCACUUACAACUCCAUACACAGAUGUCUCUGAAUUCAGAACUCUAUUGAUAUGAUAGACAGAUGUCUGUGAAUUCAGAACUUCAUUGAUCUGUAGACAGAUUGUCUGUGAAUUCAGAACACUAUAGAUCUAUACGGUGCACAGAUGUCUGUGAAUUCAGAACACUAUAGAUUUAUACAGUACACAGAUGUCUGUGAAUUCAGAACUCUAUAGAUCUAUACACAGAUGUCUGUGGAUUCAGAACACUAUAGAUUUAUACACAGAUGUCUGUCGAUUCAGAACACUAUAGAUCUAUACACAGAUGUCUGUGAAUUCAGAACUCUGUUGACAGACGAUUGUGCACUCAGAAUUCAAACAGAAUGGUUAAUGUACUCUGAACACUUGUGUCUUUUUCAUUUUGUCCUUGUGUAUUUUGAGUGUCCAGACAUCCAAGACAAGUCUUUCUAGCAGACAUUUGUCGUCUUAUGCACAUGUACAUACCUUGUAAAAAUGUUUUUUUUAAACUAAAUGUUUUAAUAAAAAUUUACUCCAUGAUCCAAAAGAGUCAAGAGUUAACAAUA